AUGGUGGCAAGAAGAAGAUUAUUUUUAACACAAUAUGAUCGUAAUGAUCCUACAUUAAAGGAUCGCCUUCGGAAAAUAGAAAAGGAGAAUCGACAUUUGAGGAUCACAGUCUUGAGACUCAAAAGAAUGCAACGUGGUGCUUUCAGACAAACAUGGAGUCCCAAUAAUGACAAUGCUCCUGAUGUUAGUCAUGUUGGAAUUCAGAUUCCUAUAUCUAAUGAAUUAGAUACAAAUGAAUCAGAAGUGCGAGCUCCUAAUAUUGUAUCACCAACUUCAAGCAGAGCACAUCCACCUGGUAGUACAUUUACCACACGUUCUAGAAGGAGAAAAAUUUCAGACCGCUCAAACUUUGGUGGGAGAACAGUAACAUGCUCUAGAUGUCAAGCAAUGAUGUGGAUGGAGGAAAAAGUAAGAGAUAGUCCAUUGAGUCGACCAAAAUUUAGUCUAUGUUGUCAAAGUGGACAAGUGAUGUUGCCUUUAUUGCCAGAAACUCCUGAAUUUUUACAACAACAGUUUACUCAUGUGAGAUUCAGGGAACACAUAAGGACAUAUAACUCCCUAUUAUCCUUCACGUCCAUGGGUGGGAAAAUUGAUCAGUCAGUGUUAGAUGGAAGGGGUCCUUAUGUUUUUCGUAUUAGUGGAGCAAAUUUUCAUAAAAUUGGUUCUCUACUGCCGGAACCUGGAACAAGGCCUAAAUUUGCACAACUCUAUAUUUAUGACACUGAGCAUGAAAUUCGCAAUAGAAUGGACGCUAUGAAUAGGUGUGGUGGCACAUCGGGAAUUGAAACGUCCACAUUAGAAGGUUUACAGUCAAUGUUGAAUGUCAUCAAUCCAUAUGUAUCAAUUUUUCGCACUGCUCGAGACAUGAUUCGUGAAAAUGGUGCUCAGGAAUUGCAUAUGCGCAUUUUGAGUUCGAGGGAUGGAAGACAGUACACUAGACCCACUACAACUGAAAUUGCUGCAUUAAUUGUUGGUGAUGGGUCUGAAAGCACUACAAAUCGUGACAUAAUUGUUAGAAAAUUAGAUGGACAUUUACAAAGGAUUAAUGAAACACAUCCUUCAUACAUGCCACUUCAAUAUCCAUUACUUUUUCCCCAUGGGACUGAUGGAUGGAGAAGGUCUAUAAGUUUUACUCUGGGUACAAACAACAAACGAGAAGGAGUGUCAAUGAGAGAGUUUUAUGCAUUUAGACUUCAAUUUCGAGUUGGAGAAGGGAAAACGCUAUUGCAAGGGGGAUGUUUGUUCCAACAAUUUGUUGUUGAUUGUUAUGCAGCUAUUGAGCAAGAUAGACUAAACUUCAUUAGGCAUAAACAGAAUGUGUUGCGGACUGAUUUGUACAGAGGUUUAGAAGAUGCUGUGACUGCGGGUGACAGUGAUGCAUCAUCCAUUGGUAGGAGAUUUAUACUGCCAUCAUCUUUUACAGGCGGCCCACGAAAUAUGGUUCAGCAUUACCAAGAUGCGAUCGCAAUAUGUCGAAAGAUGGGAUUUCCUGACCUUUUUGUCAUAUUCACAUGUAACCCAAAUUGGUUAGAAAUUCAACAGGAGGUAGCGCGCAUUCUAAAUCGACGCACAGAGGAUAUACCGGAUAUACUUGCGAGAGUUUUUCGAAUUAAAUUGAAGCAGCUGAUGGCAUAUUUCAAGAAUCGAAAAUUCUUUGGCAAAAUAAUUGCAGAUAUUCACGUCAUCGAAUUUCAAAAGCGAGGAUUACCACAUUCGCACAUUAUCUUGACAUUAUCAGCAGAUGACAAGAUAAAAUCGCCAGAGGAAAUUGAUGAUAUAAUUUGUGCUGAAAUUCCUGAUAAGGAUGAAGAUCCAUUAGCGUUUCAAACAGUGAUGAGGUGCAUGAUACGUGGUCCCUGUGGCAGUGCUAAUCCUAAUGCCCCGUGUAUGGUGAAUGGAAAAUGUUCAAAACAUUAUCUGAAGAAUUUUUGCAGUGAAACGAGUAUUGAUGAAAAUGGAUUUGCUAUCUAUAGGCGAAGGGAUACAAAGAAAAAAUACAUGGUUAAUGGAUUUGAAAUUGACAACAGAUGGGUUAUUCCAUACAAUCGUGAUCUUAUUGUAUUGUAUGAUGCCCAUAUCAAUAUUGAGCGUUGUGCACACAGUAAAUUGAUCAAGUACUUAUAUAAGUACAUACAUAAAGGUCCUGAUCGUGCAACGGUUGUAAUUGAAGAUAAUGUUAAUCGACUUAACAUUGAUGGACAAAGUCGGUAUAGAGAGGCUGAUGAGGUAAAACAAUACUUAGAUUGUCAAUAUAUCUCCGUAAUUGAAUGUUGCUGGCGUAUAUUUGAGUUUGAAUUGCAAAAGCAAUACCCUUCAGUUGAACGGUUGCAGUACCAUCUACCUGGGGAACAAUCUAUUCUAUUGAGAGGGUAG